ACACUGAUUUUUCUGACCCUGUCUCCUCUCUCUCCUCAGCGUGAGUGCAUCUCUGUUCACGUUGGCCAGGCUGGAGUGCAGAUAGGAAAUGCCUGCUGGGAACUCUUCUGCCUGGAGCAUGGCAUUCAGCCUGAUGGCACCUUCAAGGACCUGCAGGACAAACUCAGCUCUGAUGACUCUUUCACCACAUUUUUCAAUGAAACAGCCACUGGGAAGCACGUGCCACGGGCUGUAAUGGUGGACUUGGAACCAACUGUGGUAGAUGAAGUUCGGGCUGGCACCUUCCGGGAGCUUUUUCAUCCAGAACAGCUGAUCACUGGAAAGGAAGAUGCAGCCAAUAAUUAUGCCCGUGGCCACUACACCAUUGGCAAGGAAAGCAUUGAUAUGGUGCUGGAUCGUGUCCGUAAACUGACUGAUGCUUGUUCUGGGCUGCAAGGAUUCCUGAUCUUCCACAGCUUUGGUGGCGGUACCGGCUCCGGCUUCACCUCCCUGCUGAUGGAACGCCUCUCUGUGGAUUACGGCAAGAAGUCCAAACUGGAGUUCGCCAUCUACCCGGCGCCUCAGGUCUCCACUGCUGUGGUCGAGCCCUACAACUCCAUCCUGACCACACACACCACGCUGGAGCACUCGGACUGCGCCUUCAUGGUGGACAACGAGGCCAUCUACGACAUCUGCCGCCGCAGCCUGGCCAUCGAGCGCCCCACCUACACCAACCUGAACCGCCUCAUCAGCCAGAUCGUGUCCUCCAUCACCGCCUCGCUGCGCUUCGACGGCGCCCUCAAUGUGGACCUGACGGAGUUCCAGACCAACCUGGUGCCCUACCCGCGCAUCCACUUCCCGCUGGUGACCUACGCCCCCAUCAUCUCCUCCGACAGGGCGCACCACGAGCAGCUCUCGGUGGCCGAGAUCACCAACGCCUGCUUCGAGCCCAACAACCAGAUGGUGAAGUGUGACCCGAGGCACGGCAAGUACAUGGCGUGCUGCAUGCUCUACCGGGGCGACGUCGUCCCCAAGGAUGUCAACGUGGCCAUCGCUGCCAUCAAGACCAAGAGAACCAUCCAGUUUGUCGACUGGUGUCCCACAGGCUUCAAGGUUGGGAUCAACUACCAGCCCCCUACAGUUGUUCCUGGAGGAGACCUGGCCCCAGUGCAGCGGGCAGUCUGCAUGCUGAGCAACACCACGGCCAUCGCCGAGGCCUGGGCAAGGCUGGACCACAAGUUUGACCUGAUGUACGCCAAGAGAGCUUUUGUGCACUGGUAUGUGGGAGAAGGCAUGGAGGAGGGAGAGUUUGCAGAGGCCAGAGAGGACCUGGCUGCCUUGGAAAAGGACUAUGAAGAAGUGGGAACUGACUCAUUCGAAGAGGAGAAUGAUGGGGAGUAAUUAAAAAAUGCAUUUUGUCUGUGAAUCACUGUAUGGCAUGUGUCAACAAUUAGC